AUGCAGAAUACGCACGAAUCCGUUCAUUUCGAUGCCACUUAUUGGUGGGGAAUUCUCGAGAAUUUCGUUGCAACUCAAGGAAAUCAAGGCGAUGAAUGGAAGCAGCAACGCCCAGAACAUCAAUUGGAAUGGAUUCAAUAUCUCGCGAACGAUUUGCUCACUUUGAAACAACAAGUUGAACAACGUCAAAACUUGGCUCGUCUCUAUUUUGUGCCAACUUUCGUCAAUCAUUCACUAGAUUUCGAUAUUCAUUGGCCAGAGGAGAAACAACAGAGAGACGAUGCAUAUCUUGUAUAUAAAAGAUAUCCAAUGCUUUUAUUCGCUGUUGAAUCAAUUCAAUGUGAUCACGAUAAAGGAAUGGCUGAACAAGUACAAAUGCAGGCGCUUUCCAUCAUUGCAGAAUCAGCCGUUUGCGAAUGGCCGGUCGAGAUGUGGAAAGACGGACAAAAGUUCUACUGGGAUCGACAGCGAUUGUAUUUAUGUAAAAAGGAAUCAGCCACAAAGUCCUCUGUCACUUAUCAAAUACGCUUCUUGGCUCUCGUUCACUCGAAAGAGCUCAGCUAUAAAGAAAGCCUGCAUAAAGCCACUGCGCAUCACUUUUUGGAGGAUCUCGGAAAAGACAUUCAGAACUUGCAAGCAAAUCACGGAAAAGGACAGCCGAUAAGUCGAUCGAUUGGAUAUAUUUUGUAUCAGGACAAAGAGGCUAAAGCUCCAGCGGCAAAACGCAGCAAAAUGACGGCUAGUCGAGUUGAAAACGAGGAAAUCAAUAUAGAAUAUGAAAUCGAUGAGAUGGCUGUCAUUAUCACUUGUAUACCAGAAAAUAAGGCCGGUAGCUCAAAAUUGUGGACACGAAUGGGCGACGAUGCUACUUAUGAGCACUUCACAAUUCAAUUCGGAACCGGGGGUUGCAAGAUCUCUGAAAUAGGCGGAUUCAACAAAUAUCGAAUCUACACGGAAAUCACCCUGGAAACCUGUUUCGGCUCUUUUUUUAAGUCCGAGGAAAUU